AUGGAUCAACGUAAAAGUAAAUCUUCUGUACUUGCUAAUAAAAAAUCGACAGUGGCCAAACGAAAUAAACCUGUUCCUGCCUUUGCUGCUGCAUCUACAACAGUUACCACCGCCAUUACUACUACCACUGCCACCACCGCCACAACAACAACUACUUCUACUACUACUACUACUACUACUACUACUACUACUGUUACUACUGCUACUACUACUGAAAUUGAAGUUUCAAAAUCAAGAGUGAAAGAUGACAAUAAGACCGAAGUAGGCCAUCCGAAACAAAAGUCAUGUGACUUCAAGGCCGAGCACUGUGAGGACAUCGAGUUCCUAAUGUACCGAGCCCCCCCACGUGAUGAGGGUAGGGAUGAUUUAGUCGGGGAGUGGAUGGAGAUGACGUCACUGAUUGAAGAGGAUCUCGACCACAUUCUGUCUUUUUCUCAUCACAAGUUUUGGAGCCAAGCAAUAUUUGAUGAGAGUCUGCAUGCCUGCGUUGUCACAUUCCUGAGACAUGCACCUAGACCGUAUGAGAAACAGACGGCAACUUUCGACAAGUUCCUUCCAAGAAUCAACUCCCUUUUCAAACUUUAUUUUCUGGUUUGUCUGCGAAUGUCGACUUACAAAGAGGAUAAAGAAAACCAGAUUCCAGUCGAUGUAUUUGGAGACAUUUUGUAUGAGAAUUUCAUAUUUGACGUGCCUAUGAUCAUGGAUAUGUGUGCAAUUUACGGGAAAGCCAAUGAAGCCCUGGUCGAGAAAAUGGUGCAGAAUAUUUUUAAAGUGCAGAAGAAAUAUUUUGACGAUUUGAAAGUGGUUGCUGAAACGUUACCCAAGUUGUUUAAAUCUGUAUAUAAGCAAUGUGAUAUUGAGGAAGAUGAUGAUGAGGAUGAAGACUGUAACGAACUGAAAAAGUUACCUGAAUCGACUGCAGAGAGGAACACCUUGGCGAUGACUGACGAAGUCUUUCAAGACGUCGUCAUCUACUUACUCGAUAUUUCGUUCACGUUGUUCAACUUCCUCAGCAUCUUUCCACCUGCAAGUCGGGUCUUCUUCCAGGAUCACCUUCCUGUUAAGUUGGCCUCCUUCUACGAGAAGAUGGUCCCAUUUAUUUUUGAGAAGCUGGGAGAGAGGAAGGAGAAGAUGAAGGAAGAGCAAUUCAGGAAUGUUGAUUACUACUUUGCACUUUUCAGAUAUUAUUUCGUCAGUGUUUUUAGAUCUGUAUUGUAUCACUCAACACUGGCUAAAUUGUUUGAGAGCAGUGGUGAAACAUCAGAGCAUGAUUGUGGUGAGGCGGUUGAAACAUUCCUCGAGGCACUCACACAACUGCUCACCAAACGACUUUUCCUCGCCGACUACUCGCACCAGUUCCCAUUAUCCGAGGAUCGAGAGUUAAUCGAGCAGACUAACUACAAGGUCGAUGACCUGAGGUUCAAGUACAUCAAUGACGUCAUCGUGGAAGCAUCUGAGACCUUCCACAACCACCACCGCGCCGAACAAACUGGUGAAUCAACAUCUCUUGAAAAUGAACCAUCUGAUCGAGGAAGUAUGUUUGGAAAAAUUAUUUUUGAUGGUGAUGAUGAUAAGAAGGAGGAAGAGGAGGAUGAGAGUUUGCUGGGUGCCUGUGGUGGUGUGAGUAUCAAGCAGCACGCCAAACAACAGCCACCAACGCCACCACUCACGAUAAACAACACAAUCAGCGAUGACCUGCUACUCAAGAUGACCUCCAUCCAGGAAAUGCUACCUCACCUGGGACUUGGUUUCAUUAAGGAAUGUCUCCAGGAGUUCCAACUUGAUGUUGAGAAGACAUUGAACGCUCUCCUCGAAGAUAACUUGCCAGCCAGCCUCGCCUGCCUCGAUAGGGACCUGCAACUGGAAAGUGGCAAGUUGCAUGUCCAGGCCACCACUGAGGUGUGCGUUGGGAGAAAUGACUCGAACGAGUGGGAUGCUGGCGAGCAUGGUUUCGACAGCCGAUUCCCUAUCCUGUCUCAAAGGAGGAAUAUUUACGACGGUGACGAGUUUGAUGUCUUCAACAAUCCGAAUGUAGACAGGUCUAGAAUACACAUAGGCAAGCGAAAGACCAACGACAAUUUUUCAUUAAGCGACAAGCCCACCGUCUCAGACCUCAGGCCACUUUAUAGCUUGUACGGCAACGAGUUCACUGAGGGCUCAUAUUACGACCGAUCACGAGAUGAUGAAUACGAGUAUGAGGGCGACGACGAUAACGACGACGAAAAUUACAAACAACCGACCAGACGACAGAGGAUGUACGAGGACGAGUAUGACGACACGUAUGACUCGCCGGAGCACGGGGAACUCGACACAGAUUCCGUCGACGAACUGCUUAGUGUCAAAUCUCUCGCCAAGAAAUCGCAAAAUAAAUUACCCGAUGACGUGAAUGAUGAGAAUAAGGGUGGUGGUGACGACGACGACGACGAUGAUGGGGAUGAUGGAGAGCAUGCCGGUACGAAGAACACUUUGUCCCUGGAAGAUCCUGCCAAGUUGAGAGAACAGGCAGCACGGAGGAGGGCUGAGAAGUUUGCCAACAAGUCAUACAACAGGAGAAAUAACUACAGCAACGCAUUCCCACAACAACAACAACAACAGCAACCCGUGCACCACAGACCUCCACAAAAUGAAAAGUAUCAACAACAAAAAAACAGAGAAGAAAAUUUCGGCGAUCAGCAGCGACCACACAAACAGCAGCCACCAGCGGCGAACCACACUUCAGCGAACCACACAUCAGCGAACCACGUUCACGGCAACAACGACGACGACGUCAACCGACACGCACAUCCCGUCCGUGACGUCAGAGGAGGUCCGAAAGGUCAAGGUCAGACCGAAGAUGUCCUCUGGAAUCGCAACUACAAGGAGAGGCACAAGUCAACCAGGGUGCACCACAACAGGAAGGAUGCUGCCGAGAGGAAGCAUAGAUUUUGAUUGGUGAAUGAAUGAAGAAAAGUGAGAGAGAGAGAAAGAGAGGGAGAGAGAGAGAGAGAGAGAGUGAAAAAGAGGGAGUGCUAAUGUUGUUGAUUGGCUGAUUUUUUAGUGUUGGAAUGUGUUUUGAAAAAUUGUUUGUACGUGAACUGUUGUAUGUGGAGUUGUGUAGUGUUGUGUGGUGUGUGAUGUUGUGGGCUGCUGUAGGCUGCUGGGUGGUGUUGUGUUAUGUUGUUGUUGGCGAUAUUUUCUGCAAAUGUUUAUGAUAUUGUUAUAAUGGUCAUUGUUACAUUGAUUGGUUGGUUGGUUAAUUGAUUGAUUUGAUUGAUUGAUGAGUGAUUGAUUGACGAGAAAAAUUUUAUUUUUGAGGCAUGUUUCUUACUACGUAAGCUAGGUAUAUUUGAUGAAUUGGUUGAUUUUCAUACAAAU